CACUUUCAGAUUUUAAAGCGAGGUUGCCAUGUGAAUGACCGUGAUGGCCUGACGGAUAUGACUCUUCUCCACUACUGCUGCAAAGCAGGAGCUCACGGAGUGGGUGAUCCUGAGGCAGCACUCCGGCUGUCCAAUCAGCUGCUAGCUCUGGGAGCUGAUGUGAGUCUGCGCAGUCGUUGGACCAACAUGAAUGCCCUACAUUAUGCAGCUUACUUCGAUGUACCAGAACUGAUUCGUGUUUUGCUCAAAGGCUCCAAGCCUAAAGUGCUCAACUCCACCUGCAGUGACUUCUAUCAUGGCACAGCCCUGCACAUCGCCGCCUCCAACCUCUGUCUCGGUGCUGUCAAAUGUUUACUGGAGCAUGGAGCCAAUCCUACUGUUAGAAAUGAUAAGGGUCAAGAGCCUGCUGAGGUUGUCCCUGACCCUAUGGACAUGAGUCUGGAUAAAGCUGAGGCUGCCAUGGUGGCUAAAGAGCUGAAACAGUUGCUGCUGGAUGCAGUGCCUCUCAGCUGUAACCUCCCCCGGGCCACCCUGCCCAAUUAUGACAACAUUCCCGGCAACCUUAUGCUCUCCUCUCUAGGCCUCAAACUAGGGGACCGUGUGGUGCUGGAUGAAACAAAGACUGGCACCCUCCGUUUCUGUGGCACUACUGAGUUUGCUAGUGGGCAGUGGGUUGGUAUCGAGCUGGACGAGCCGGAGGGCAAGAAUGAUGGGAGUGUGGGUGGGAUGCGCUAUUUUAUCUGCCCCCCAAAACAAGGCAUCUUCGCCCCUGUGUCAAAAAUCAGCAAAGCUCUUGAGCAGGCCCCCUCUUCGGUCACCUCCACCCCAAAAACCCCUCGCAUGGAUUUGUCUCGCGUAACCGGCAGGAUCAAAAAAGAGAAAAAAGAGAAAGAUUGUGAAAAGACUCCAAGAAACAAACAUCUGUCCGGGGUCAGUUUGGAUCCUGAUGGAGUCAAGGUUGAGGUUGGGGAUCAGGUGUUGGUGGCUGGCCAAAAGCAAGGGAUCGUCCGCUUUUUUGGCAAGACAGACUUUGCUCCAGGAUAUUGGUUUGGUGUGGAGUUAGAGCAGCCCACUGGAAAGCAUGACGGCAGUGUAUUUGGAGUACGUUACUUCCACUGUUUGCCCAAAUAUGGGGUUUUUGCACCACCAUCCCGUGUUCAGAGAAUUGCAGGGCCCAAAGGUCCUCAGGGUGAUGGGCCACUAGUGAAGAAAGUCCACCAGGUGACAAUGUCCCAGCCGAAGCGUAAUUUUAAUGCGAUGCGAUCUCCGAAAGACAUAACAUCUGAAAGUUCCAUAUCCAGCAGGUUGCUGUUCUGUUGCUGGUUUCCCUGGAUGCUCCGUGCAGAGAUGCAGACCUAAAUCCACUGGUUACAUCUUUAAUUAUAUCUCCCUCCUCUUUCUGUUCCUCCUCAAGAUAAAACUUGCCCACUCUGUGUACUACCAAUAUUCAUAUGUGCUUCUCUAUGUGAACUACCCAGACUGCUGUCCUGCCCCUUUGACGGCAAUUCAAUAGCAAAAAAAAUAGUGCCUUGACAAGUAACUAAUGUCCUGCAUUCCGAUGAUUGAAUUAUAGAUGAACAAUCUUUUAUGAAAUCAAAAUCAUUCCUACUAAAAGCCAUUCAUAUCUCUCUAUCAGCUUGUUUUUUUUAUGCUAAACCGCUGCGAGUAGAUUAUUGGCAGUAUUCAAGCUUGAUAAUACAGUCAUAAUCCACAUAAAACUAGGCUUGUAUGUCUAUUUUAAUUUGUAACGGUGCUUUUUGUUUGUAAACAUGCUGCUGUAUUAUGCACCUUUACUGUCUUACUUUACAGUAUUUUAUUGUAUACAGACUUUGUUUCCUAUGUUUCAAAUGCCUUUAAAUGAACUAAUAGGUGACAUAUUAUUAUUAGUGAAUAUCUGAAAACAUAAAAUGUUUCAUUGUAACUGUAGUCUGAAAAUAUUGAUGCUGCCGAUGUGAGAAAGAGGGUUUUUGCAAUUGGAGCCCAAUGCUUUCUUCAUCUACAGUGAAACUGUAAGCGUAUGGUUUAAAAUAUAGAAUAUGUUGCAUGAAAUAAGCAGGCAUGGGCACGUUUUUAGGUCAUAAACUGCUCUGAAAUGAGGUGAGAUGCCUGCUUUAGAUAUUAUAAGCUAAUAAAUCACAUUUCAUUCAAUUAAAAUCAACCACAAAACCAAAGCGCAAGCUCCAUGAUAUAGCAAAAGCUAAAUAAUCUCUUACUUAAAAUAAAGUACUGUUAAGAACCACGCAUCAAUAAUGCAGGUCUUGAGAGGAGGCAUUCUUGACAUUUCAUAAAAAACGAGGUGACAAUUAAAGGAUUUGUCUAUUUUAUAAACCCAAAUAAAAAUACGAAUCACAAUCAUGUUUCUCUCACCAGAAAAAACAAAAACAAAUUAUAGUUCAUCUAGUAUAGUUUAAAGUGAAGUACAGUUUAUAUUUUAACAUAAAUCCGCAUCUGUCAUCUACAGUCUAAUGUAUAAAAGCUGUUAGGCCAGACUACCUAUUCCUAUAGUGAUCCCAGAGCAGGCAGAUUUUGUUAAGGAGAGAAUAAAAAACAACAGCUUGGCUUGUGCACUCUCCUUUCUUGUGAACACUUGGUCAACUGCACUGAUUUACAAAAAAGAGCAACUUGCAGAAUUGAAAAUGUACUGCUUGGGCAGGUCUGGACAGCUUUUGAUUUCUUCAGCCACCAUGCCAUUAUUUCAUUAAAGAACAACCGACUCUGUAGUGAGUAGUGCAUCUUCUGAUGGAGUGCAAAGGUCAGCUCACAACACACCUUAAAUUGUGCAUUAUCAUUUUGUGACAUUUGUAUAUUGCUUUAUGGUGACUUAAAGUUGUAGAAAGCAUCAAUAUGUCACUGUUAUUUACCUUAAUUUCAAGACAAGUCACAUUCCGUUUUUUGAUGCCAAAAGGAGAGUAAAAGUAUGACUGUAAAUUGACUAUUUCAUAUGUGAGUAUCUCGCACUGACUGGCUCA